AUGCUUGUAGGAACCUGCGCGUCACACACGCAGGUUAAAUCACAUUGGUUCCAGUUUAGAUUGGGAUAUGGGCUGAUAUGGGGUGCGAGCUCGAGGUACUUGGAUCCUUCUGCGGAUGGGGUUGGUGGCACUGUCAGCAUCAUCCUGCUGGCUCACCAGCACUUGGCAUGGAAGUUGCCGAUCACCUUGCAGACACGUUCGGGCGCAUUUCUUCGGGAAGUCUUCUGGAUGGACCUUGUUCCUUUCUUGACCUAUGGCUAUCGCCCACGAUUCGGAGACAACCGUGACUCCCAAAGACGAGCAAGGUACCACGAGGGUGAUGAAGUCGUCAUCGUACGAUGGCGCAGAAGGCUCAACGAGGAGCAGCUCUUCUCUGAACGCCUCAGCCCCCAGUUCUGCUAA